GUAAAUUAUGGCAUCAAUUGCAAGAUUGGACGGAAAAGUCGCUCUUAUUACAGGGGCCAGUUCUGGUAUUGGUGCAGGGACAGCCAUCUUGUUUUGUAAAUUGGGAGCAGAAGUUGCCAUUACUGGUAGAAAUGUAGAAAAUUUGAAUAAAACAGCAGCUGAAUGUGAGAAAGGAAAUGGAAAGAAGCCCUUUACACUUGCUGGUGAUUUGACCAAUGAAGAUUUUGUGAAACAGCUUGUAGAAGAAACCGUAAAACAUUACGGGAAAUUAGACAUUCUGGUUAAUGAUGCAGGAAUAGUAAAAAGUGGAACCAUAGAAACAACAUCGCUAGAGCAGUAUGAUGAAGUCAUGAAUAUCAACGUCAGAUCUAUUUAUCACUUGACCAUGCUAGCAGUUCCUCAUCUGAUAAAAACAAAAGGAAGCAUAGUGAAUGUAUCUAGUGUCAAUGGAGUUAGAUCUUUUCCAGGAGUUCUUGCACACUGCAUGUCAAAAAGUGCUGUUGACCAAUUCACCAGAUGUACAGCCAUAGAGUUGGCACCAAAACAAGUUAGAGUUAACAGUGUCAACCCAGGAGUGAUCUUAACAGAAAUCCACAAAAGAGGGGGGAUGGAUGAGGAGGCCUAUCAGAAGUUUCUUGAGCGUACUAAAACUACACAUGCCUUAGGACGGCCAGGCCAAGUAGAAGAGGUGGCCAAUACAAUAGCCUUUCUAGCGUCCGACAGCGCUUCCUUUAUCACCGGGGUACAGAUUCCAGUGGAUGGGGGAAGGCAUGCACUCUGUCCACGAUAACACAGAGAAACAUAAAAGUUACAAUAAAAAAAUUUCCAGUGUGUCUGAAUGUGUUCAGUGUGGAGAAUUUUUUGUACUUACUCUGUUGAAGUUUUUAUUUGAUAGUGAAUUGGAAAGCUAUGAGAUAUAGCAAAUUUUGUGAAAAAACAUGCUUUAGGGAUUGGAAAAGAGGUUCGUUCCAAAUACAGUCUGUGAUUUUAGUAUGAAGAAAUUAUUUAUAUUUGCACCGUGAAGAAUUGUAAUUUAAUCAGGGAAUUACAAAAUUAAAAACAAAAG